AUGUUAUCUCCAUUGUUGAUAACUGUUUGGAUUGCCAAUUUGGUAUUGGCAUCUCCUGGUGAUAACUUGGACGAGUUUAAUGAUUGCAGGUUCCAAUGUGAGCAAUUGACCUGUUACUACAACCCAUACUACUUGCUUCAAGACCAGUUCGAAGAAGAGUUGAAGAGCGCAGGCGAAUACAAGAGGUACGAGCCGCUGUGGCAUUUUACUUCAGGCAAGCUCAGCUUGCCCAUGAAGAUCCUACAAUGGGACUGCCCGGCCAAUUGCGACUACCAGUGUCAGCAGAUCAUUACCAAGGAGAGAGUCGCUGCGGGAGAGGAGGUGCUUCAAUUUCACGGCAAAUGGCCGUUUUGGCGUAUAUUUGGUGUUCAGGAGGUGGCGCUGAUGUUGUUUUCUUUCUUGAACCUCAUCCCACAUUACCUUGGAUACCAUCAGAUAAGUGAAUGCAUCAAGAAGCUUCCCUCCGAACAAAUGGCUUUUCUUCGAGGCCCGUUCAGAAAUGUCAAGUUUGCUGCGUUUGUUGCCAUAGGAGCGUGGCUCUCUCUGACGAUUUUUCACAUAAGGGACGUGAUGUUCACGGAAAAGCUUGAUUACUACUUUGCUGGAUUGACCGUCCUAACUGGCUUCUACGGCAUUGCUUUCAGGUAUUUUAAGCUAUAUCUUCCCCUGCGCGUCAUUUACAAGUACUUUUUUCUUUUAACAUGCGUUGGCGCCUACGCUGCUCACAUCUACCGCCUAGAGACAGACUGGCUGUACACAUACAAUAUGCAAACAAACAUAUUUGUGGGAAUCUUGCAAAAUAUCUUCUGGGGAUUGACAUGCUUUGAGCUCUAUACAAAGUAUUACGAUUUGGAAAAAGCCGAAAGCAACGUCAUCAUCUUAGAUCACCUUCACUACAUCCGCUCAAAUCGCAUAAUCUUGGGAAGUUUCUACGCUAAGUCUCCCAAACUCUACUCACUUUAUCCUUUGUUGCUUUGUUUCAUCGUUAUAUUGGGAAUGUCGCUCGAGAUCUUUGACUUCCCACCAAUAUUCUUUGACUUAGUGGAUGCUCACUCAUUAUGGCACUUGGUCACAUUCUUCCCUGCCUUCUUUGGCUGGUACGACUGGAUGGUUUGGGAUAUCUCGAAAAAUGUGUGGGACGACGUGGCUCCCGUGGCGGAGAAAAAGAACCAGUAG